GCAAUUAAACAAGUAGUUGACCAAACGAAUCAUAUACUUCAAUUACAUAUCAAAAUGUAUCAUGAAGAACAUCGAAUGUUAUACAAUUGAUAAUCGAGAUCACUUAAAAAGUAUUUAAUUGAUUAAUUUAUAGCUCAAGGAAACCAAAAUAGCUACUUCGAAACUAGCUUUUCCAAGGCUAUAUAUACUCCUAGAGUCCUGGUGCAUUUCAUAUUACGUGUUCAGAAAACAAACUCAUACUCAAAAGUUGGGUUUUUGGAUAAAUAUCUUUGAUCAUGAGGCCUAGCAUAAAUGUGGUGUUAGUUUCUCUUAUUGUGCUCGUUGACGUUGUUAGCGUUUGUAAUGGCGGUCGCGGUCGUGGUCAUGGUGGGCUGAGUCCGGUGUUCUAUCACAAGAGUUGCCCUGAAAUUGGAAGAAUAGUGAAGAAUAUCACAUGGAGCAAGGUUGCAGAAAAUCCUACCAUGGCAGCAAAGCUUCUAAGGAUGCACUACCAUGACUGUUUUGUUAGGGGAUGUGAUGCAUCACUAUUGCUAGAUUCAACCAGCGACAACACGGCGGAGAAGGAAGCAAUACAAAACAGGAAUAUUAGAGGUUAUGAGGUUAUUGAUGAAAUUAAAGCCAGAUUAGAAGAAGAGUGUCCCGGCAUCGUCUCAUGUGCUGAUAUUGUUGCCUUGGCAGCCCGAGAUGCUGUCUCUUAUCAAUUUGGAAGGCCGAUGUGGCAGGUUUUAACCGGGAGAAAAGAUGGAAAAGUCUCCCUUUCGUCAGAGGCUUCAGCAAACUUACCCUCCGCAGGUGCAAACUUCACCACACUCUACCAGCACUUUAUUGGUUUGGGGCUGAACGUCAUAGAUCUUGUGGCAUUAUCAGGGGCACAUACAAUUGGAGUGGCACAUUGCUCUGUAUUUCAAAGGAGACUGAACGUAACCGGAAAAGGUGACAUAGACCCUACACUUGAUCCAGAAUACGCAGAGUUUUUGAGAACACAAUGCACCACUCCAGUCGUCGCGGUGGCGCUGGACGCCAACAGCUCAGUUUCCUUUGACAGUCAUUACUUUGCGGGCUUGAGGCAAAACAAAGGCCUCUUGACAUCAGAUGCUGCCCUACUCACUGACCGGCGUUCGGCUCGGAUUGUUAGACGUUUGGAGAGGUUCCAUGUUUUCAUGACCUACUUUGGGAAUUCAAUGAAGAAAAUGGGUGCCAUUGGAAUCAAAACACGAGAGCAGGACGGUGGAGAGAUUAGAAAGAAUUGCAGGGUUGUUAAUGCUAAUUAAGUAUUAAAUUCCAGUUUCUGUAAUGUCAUAGUUGCUGUAAUUUUUUUUUUUUAUAUUUUCCAAUGGAAUAAAUAAAUGAGCAGGGCUUUGGUUGCAACAUCCAAAACCUGUACUCUGAAUCUUUUAUGAAAUGACUGAUUUUUUGUUUUUGUCAAUAGGAUAAUUUAUAUUAAAUUCUUUUAAAUUAUGAGCAAAAGAAGAUUUGCAUUCAAAAUGUAAUGGAUUGAAGACGAAAGAAUUAUCCACUAAAACAAUUCAUCAUUUACAACUCUCUUUUAUUUUUAUUUUUUAAAUUGUUAUGAUCUCGAUAGGCCAUAUAUUCAUUAUCAACUAACUCUUAAUUUAAUAGCAUCUAGUCUCAACUUUGUUAUCAUUAAGUCAAAAUCUCAUGUACGACAAUUGUUGAAACAAAAAAAGUUUGGUAAAUAGUAUGUUAACUUACAUUCUUAAAGUCAAGUGCUUAAAGCCAAAGAGAGGUUG